AUGAGCAUCAUGGAGAUGAGCCACCGGGGCAAGGAGUUCGACGCCGCCAUCAAGAAGGCCGAGGCCGACCUGCGCGCGCUCCUCGCCGUCCCCGACACCCACGAGGUGCUCUUCCUGCAGGGCGGCGCCACCACCCAGUUCGCCGCCGCGCCGCUCAACCUCUGCGCCUCCCCCUCCGACCCCGCCGACUUCCCCGUCGACGUCUCCCGCUUCGGCCUCAUCUACGCCGGCGCGCAGAAGAACGUCGGCCCGUCGGGCGUCACCAUCGCCAUCGUGCGCAAGGACCUCGUCGGCCGCGCGCAGCCCGUCACGCCGGUGAUGCUCGACUACAAGACGCACGCCGACAACGCCUCGCUCUACAACACCCCGCCCUGCUUCGCCAUCUACAUCUGCGGGCUGGUGUUCGAGGACCUGCUCGCGCAGGGCGGCCUCGCCGAGGUGGAGAAGAAGAACCAGCACAAGGCCGGCAUCCUGUACGACGCCAUCGACGCCAGCGGCGGCUACUUCGUCUGCCCCGUGGACAAGCCGGUGCGGUCGCUCAUGAACGUGCCCUUCACGCUGGCCAAGGGGGCCGACUACGAGAAGCAGUUCAUCGCCGAGGCGGCCAAGGAGGGCAUGCUGCAGCUCAAGGGGCACAGGUCGGUCGGCGGCGUGCGCGCCUCCAUCUACAACGCCAUGCCGCUCUCCGGCGUGGAGAAGCUCGUCGCAUUCAUGAAGGACUUCCAAGCGAGGAACCCUUGA